GGAGCGGAGAUCCAGGAAUACUGGAAAACUAACGCUAAUCGAUACGGACUCCAAGGGCUCCUCAAACUAAAUCAUCGUGUGGUAGAUGCAGAUUGGCCUCAGACCAAUGCGAAAUGGAUUUGUACAUUCACCGACCACACAGACUUCCUUGUAACUGCUACAGGUCACCUCAGCGAUCCAAGACUCCCACGAUAUCCUGGAAAUGAAACGUUCCAAGGCCAUCUUCGACAAACAUCCCUGUGGGAUCCGAAGUUUGACAAUGGAUCCAGUGGUCUUCAAGUGCUA